GUCUCGUCUCGUUCCUGACUCGUAGAAUCUCGGCACAUUGACAGUCGUGCCCGCGUCUCGCGUCAGCUGUAACAUAUUAUUAGUGCAAAAAUCAUUGUAAAAGUGAGUGAAUUAGCAAAAUAUGAGAAACAAAGGGACGAUGAUAGUCCCUUCUUUGGUACUUUCCCAAGCCCCGAGUUUGGCUUAUCUACUCACAAAGAUCAUCAAACCUUGACAAUCAAGAGAUGCGAAAAAAAGCACCUGCCGGUCAAUUGUCUCGGAGUUUACUAUCGGAGGGAGUUCAAUGUGUUGGUACAUAACUAUCGAUGUUUGCCGGAAAAACGAAAUGGAUACCCGACAGAAGCAUCUAGAACGAUUCUAAUUGCCAACAAUACACGCAAUUGAGUAAAGAAACCAAUUUUACAAUAUCGCACAAAGACGUUGCAAUGUGCAAAAAAAUAGCAGAGAGCAGUCCACAAAAUGACAUUCGAGUUUCUCAGCGGAUCACUCACACUCUCGAUUAAUGGUCAUGAUUACGUGACAAAAGCAUUUUUGUGUCUUCUUUUGAGUGUGGCUAAAUCUCAGCUGUUACGCACUGUGUCAAGAACUAUGCAAUAACCGGGUGCAAGGUUUAUCCGGCAUUCGUUUCACAGUGGCUGUUAUACAUCUGAUCAAGAAAUUGGAGAACGUGGGUUGGAAGCUGGUGCUAUGGUAUUCGCUGAUCAUGGAGUUAUUUACGUUGACGAAUUUGACAAAAUGUCAGUCAUCAAUGGAACUGCGAUACAUGAAGUGAUGAAACAGGGUAGAGUUACAAUCGCUAAAGGCGGAGUUCACACUAGUUUGAAUGCUCAUUACUCCAUUCUUGCUGCUGCGAAUUCCGUUUAUGGACGAUACAAUCAGUAUAUACCACCAAUGGAAAAUAUCAGGCUUCAAGAUUCAUUGUUUUCUCGAUUCGAUCUUCGGUUCGUGAUGUUGGAUGUCAGAGAUUCCGAUCAAGAUCAGCGAUCAAAUAUUGAGCAAGUAUAUUCACCGCUCGAUGCAUGGAGUCAAAGUUCACGGAAGAAGCGAGCAAAACAAUUGCUAAAUUCAAAAACAUUUGCUCUUCGAUACUUAGAUCCGGAAGACGUGGCUGAAUCGGAUGUUGCGAGGACACAACAGAUAACAGUACGUACUUCAAAAACCCUUAUAAGAUUGGCAAAAAAUGUGAGUGAUCUCGUUCAGUUCGCGUAUUUCAAACGCGUACUCGAGAAGGAAAAGCGACAAGGACAAAGACCUGAUAGUUAAGGUGGCGUGGUCAGUGAAGAGGAGGAUGAAUGGAGAAAGACGAAGCACACGAGAAAAAAGAAAACUGCACGCGUUCUACAGCCGCUGCUGAGUCUCGCGGAAAGUCCAACCAUUACUUUACAAUCGUAAGCACUAGAAUGAAUGGAGAUUAAAGAUUUAACACCGGUCACCAUUUCUACGGAUAGGUUCAAAAUUUUCAGAGAAUCAUUGAAUAAACUGUUCAAUGUGCAGCGUGAGCAAUCGCUACCAAUGUCGAAGAUUUGAGAAUACAUGAACAUACAACACUCGCCUGAAUUCACUUUGAGCGAAAUAACAGCUGUAAUAAAUCAGAUAACCGAAGCGAAUCAUUUAAUGCUUGCCCGUGAUCAAUUUUUCCUCAUUUUUAAUUAUUCAAGAGGUGAACAGUUAUAUUUUAAUCAAUUCGAAAUGAUGAACCAAUUGCUAAUUCAUCAAUUUUUUUCGUAUCAAUAAUAAAUAUACAAUUUCAAAAAUCAAUCAAAUCUGAUCACGUUUUGUUACGGAUGCUAUUAUCAGGACGUCUAUAAUGUUGACAGAAUCGAAUCAAAAGUUUCAAAAUGUAUAAUUUUUUUGUUUCAAUUAUAAGUGUUCUCAUCGUCAUUUCUAUCGCCAAUUUCGUCGUCGCUGAGACGCUUGCAAUUCAAUGGCUAGAUUAGACGUGCAAAAUAUACUGCUACCACCUGUGCAUACAUGUCUAAAUACAUAUUUAAAUAUACGCGCGCGCACUGAUACACAUCAUGUCGGAAUUUCCUCUUCCUCUAACACAAGGAGUUAAGAGGCAUAUGGCACAUACCCCAUGUGGGAGAUAGCCAGUGAAGGAUAAGAAGAAGAAGAAGAAGAGUCAAGAGGCUGAUACGUCGAAAGUUUUGUACACCAUGAACAAGGUGAGCACAUGAUUGUUAUUUUGCUCCAAAUAGGACCCACCUUGGAAGAUAUAAAAAGAUAUCGCUAACUCUGGAUCUUACAAUGGGCUGGUUGAGUUCCGAACCACUUUCCAAUAUCACUUGCACAGGAUGGAAUCAUAAACAUGUCAGAUACAAAGGUAAACAGAAUUUGUUUAUUCACUUGUCGAUUUGCUAAGUAUUAUCUAUAAAUAUUGCAUUUUUAGAAUCCAGAAGAUGUAUUGUUUUAUCCCUAUUAUAUUGGCAAACUAAUUUUUUUUUUCUUGAUCAUCGUAGUCAACUUAUGACUGUUGAUUUCUCUGGAAAAUGUGGCUUUUCAACAUUACAUAAAUGAAAGAAAUAAAAUAUUUCUAUUUUGAACAAAUUAUUAGGUAUGAAAUCUAAAUAAAAUAAUCCAUAUAGCGUUUUUCGUAUAUCACAAAUAAAUUUUUGGCUCUAACUAAAACAGAAAAACAAAUUCCGUUACAUUUCAACCAUUUAAUCUUCGAUUUCGUUAUAACCUUUUUUUGGAUGGUAUAUACAUGUAUCAUGGGUUACAAUUAUUUCAUAAUAUUUCCAUGCCUUGUUCAGGUGAAUAAUAUCCAUUGCAUUGUUACUUUCAACUUGAUUUCAAAUUAUGUUUGCUUAAACACAGAGAAUAAUAUUGAUGAACUACACGAAAAACAUUCAGGCGCCUCUGAAGUAUUUUUCCCAUUUUUUCUGGAAAGUUAACUAUUUUGGGCUGAAUAAAAAAAUCCUUGCAAUAACGUAUACAUAUUUUGUUUAUCUUUAAUCGAGUCUACGUAACUUGUGUUGUUCUAAGAUUGCGACGGAGCUCCACGAUAUUUUUUUCGAAUAUUUGCAGUUUCCUUAAUGUGCGUUAUUUGAGUUUAUUCGGUUUUCUUAAAAAAAACGAGAAAUAAAGAAUUUCGUCUGUAAUGUAUUACGUCCGUUGGGAUAAGCCUACGACAGUAACUUGGCAACACUGUAAAGCGUUAAGCGUUAGCAAAGCAAUCCAAGCCCAAACUCCGGGCAGGCAGUCGUUGAUCGCACCUUGUCGAAACUAGUCCGUCUGCAAAGCGAUUUAUAAGAGGAACACCGUAUAAUAAAAGAUAUACAUCUAAGACAGUAACAGCGUGUGGUGGCUUACUCCUACCCCUAUCCCACUACAUUACAUUGGCGACGAGGAUAAAAAGUGAAUUAAAAGGUGACAUGGAGUCACAGGAAUAAAUAUAAAUAUAUAAAAAAAAAAAAAGUUUUUUUUAUAUAAAAGUAUAAACGGAAAAACCUCACGAAGAAAACGGAUUUCUGUCGAAAAUCAUGCCGACCAAGGAGGAAUUAGACAAAAGGCAGCAAUUUCUCGAGGCAAAGCAUGCGGAACAAGAGAGUUUUAAGGAAAAACUCAUAGAGCAGCAAAAACUCCUACAAAACCAACAGAAGGAGCAAGUAAGGAAAAAGGAGCAGCUUGAUGUAGAACGACAACGGUUCGAAGAAGAACGACGGCAAUUCGAAGCCUCAAGGCCGAGCGCUCGAACUACGACAAUAACACCGACAGACCAGGUAUCGAACAUAAACUUUUUUUCUACCAUUGGUGCCUUAACGGAAUUUUGUAUAAGCGAGGAUUGGGACAUAUACGAAGAGCGUCUCAACCAGUAUUUAUUAGCAAAUAAAAUCGCAGAAGAUCGUUGGGUAGCUGUUUUGAUAACGUUGGUGGGUCAAGAAGCAUACAAAGUGUUGAAAGACUUGUGCGAUCCACAACUACCAUCAACAAAAUCAUUUGCUCAGCUGUGCGAAAUUCUGAGAAAACAAUUCGCUCCAAGGGUCACGGCUUUCAAAGAAAGAAGAGAGUUUUUCAAUAUGACCCAAGGAGAUUCAGAGUCGGUAAAUCAAUGGUACGCUCGAAUAAAAAAAAAGGCGUCUAACUGUAAAUUUGGAUCUUUAUUAGACGACAAAAUCAAGGAUGGAUUUAUAACUGGUCUGAAAAGUGGACCUGUGUUGGACAAGGUGUUCGAACAGAGUCCAACCGCUACGCUAGAUGAAAUUCUCGAAGUGGCGAGAACGAAAGAGGCAUCGCUGGCGAUAUCAUCGAGAUCAAGUGCAUCGGAGUUACACAAGAUCCAGUCGAGGAGUCCGAAGGAGCGAACGAGUAAAAACAUCUCAGACAACAAGAAGUCAACGGAAGAGCGCCCAACAAGACACCCGGCAUCGAGAUCUUUGAACAGUCGAGCCAAGGAGGCUGACUCCGAAUCGUCCUGCAACCACUGCGGCGGCGUGCGUCAUAAUUAUAAAACAUGCAAGUACAAAGAAUAUCGGUGCAAGAUUUGUAAAAAGAUUGGCCAUUUAGCAAAAAUAUGUCGCGAAAACGUCAGAUCGCAUAAUUUUAUCGAGGUCGAGUCAGAAGAAUCGUUCGAAAUCUCCGAUAUGUUGAAUCUCGAGAUAGACAAUAGCGAAACGACACACGAAUUAAUAGAAUUAAUGGUUGAAGACAGUAAAAUUAAAUUUGAAAUUGAUUCCGGGGCUGGUAGAUCGAUAAUUCCAGAGAAAGUUUACAAACAAUUCCUUAAUCGCUGCGUUUUAGAAAAGACAUCAGCUCGUUUGAAAAUGUACGAUGGUACAGUACUAGUUCCAAGUGGUCAAAUAAACGUGAGAAUAAGUAAUAAAAAAUGCAAGGUGCAAAGUCAAUUAAUAGUCGUAAAAGAAGGCUGCAGACCACUUUUGGGCAGAGAUCUAAUGAAACCAUUGGGUUUUUAUAUCGCAUCGAUAAAUUGCAUUUCGACUGAGUCUGAAGUCAAAGAAAUAAUCAAACAAUAUACCGAACUUUUCGACGGAAAAUUAGGAAAGUACAAAUACGAGAAAAUCAAGAUCAAACUCCAACAAGACGUAGCGCCAAAAUUUUUCAAACCGAGGCCAGUGCCUCUAGCUAUGAAAAAACUACUCGAGGAAGAACUAAAAAGACUAGAAAAUGAGGGAGUAAUUUCACUAAAAAGCGUAAAUGCAUGGGGAACUCCUCUAGUACCGAUCCUGAAACCGGAUGGUAAAAUUCGAGUGUGUGCUGAUUAUAAAUUGACGGUCAACCAACAUAUCGAGGACAUUAGACAUCCAUUCCCCCGAAUCGAAGAGAUUUUUGCCGCAUUAAGCGGCGGGGAAAAGUUUACUAAAUUGGAUAUGUCGUCAGCUUAUAAUCAGCUUGAACUUACCGAAGAUUCAAAAGAAAUUUUGGCAUGGAGUACACACCGAGGCGUUUAUGCAAUAAAUAGAUUGCCGUUCGGUAUCAAAUCAGCUUGUGCGAUUUUCCAAAAAACGAUCGAAAAGAUACUGCAAGGAGCAAAAGGCGUAGUCUCGUUUCUUGACGAUAUUAUAAUUACAGGUAAAAAUCGUGAUGAACAUUUGCAAAAUUUGAAAGAAACUUUUGAACGUCUUUCGAAAGCAGGUUUAAAAUUAAAUAAAGAAAAAUGCGUUUUCUUUCAGUCCGAAGUGCGUUAUUUGGGGCAUAUUUUAAACAAAGAUGGGUUAAAGAAAAAUCCUGAAAAAGUUGAAGCGAUUAUAAAUGCUCCAAAACCAACAAAUAUCAAAGAAUUGCAGGCUUUCAUUGGAAUGGUCAAUUAUUAUGCAAAAUUCGUGCCGAAAUUCGCGGACAUAAUUUCGCCUCUUUAUAAUAUGCUAAAAAACAAGAAGUUUAAAUGGUCAAGAGAAGGCGAACUUGCGUUCAAGGAAAUUAAAAAGAAAUUGUCAGGCGAAUGUUUUUUGACCCAUUUCGACCCAAACCUGCCAAUUAAAUUGUCAUGUGACGCCUCAAACGUGGGAAUUGGCGCAGUGUUAUCGCAUAUUCUUCCUGAUGGAGCAGAAAAGCCCAUAGCUUUUGCGUCGAGAGUCUUGAGAGACUCAGAGAAAAAUUAUUCCGCUAUUCAUCGUGAGGCGUUGGCAAUUUAUUGGGCCGCGAACAAGUUUUUUCAAUAUUUGAUCGGGAACGAAUUUUUGCUAUAUUCCGAUCACAAACCGCUACAAGCCCUAUUCGGGGAGAAUAAAGGAUUGCCACAGUUGGCCGCCGGUAGGCUCCAACGGUGGGCACUAUUCUUGAGUGGUUUAAAUUACAAAUUCGCGUACGUGAAAGGCACAGAAAACGGCGGAGCCGAUGGGUUAUCGCGACUCCCACUGCAAGUUGAAAAAAACGUAAAUAACACAGAUUUCGAUUAUUUUCACUUUGUUGUCGAAGAUCACGUGCCAGUCUCAGCCGAUCAAAUUCGCAGAGAAACAAACCGUGAUGUUGUUUUGAGUAAAGUAUUACUGUAUACAAGAAACGGCUGGCCUGAAAGCAUUAACGACAACGAAUUGAAACCAUAUGCUUAUAGAGCAAACGAAUGUUAUAUCGAAAAUGGAAUCGUGAUGUGGGGUUAUAGAGCUAUAAUACCGAAAAAGUUAUGGCCGAUUUUCUUAGCGGAAAUUCAUAGCACGCAUAUUGGCAUGGCCAAAAUGAAAAUGUUAGCGAGACAAUAUUUUUGGUGGCCUAAUCUCGACAAAAACAUCGAAGAGUAUGUAAAAAAUUGUAAUGCCUGUAUGUCGACGGCGAAGGCACCGCCGAAAGCAGCGCUGAUCAAAUUUCGCGAGGCAGAAGCACCCUACGAGAGAGUUCAUAUAGACUUUUUGGGGCCCUUUCAUGGAAAAAGUUAUUUAUUGAUCAUCGAUGCGUAUUCAAAAUGGCCAGAAAUUUUCGAAAUGAACAAGACAGAUUCUAAUAAUACAAUCGAAAAGCUAAGGGAAUGCUUCGCGAGAUUUGGCCUGCCGCAAAUAAUUUUUUCGGACAAUGGUCGACAAUUUACAUCUGAUGAAUUUGCAAAAUUUUGCGAACUAAACGGCAUUCUUCACCGAACGUCGGCGCCGUAUCAUCCGUCGACAAACGGACAAGCCGAAAAUGCGAUAGGUACAUUUAAACGAAGCAUCACGAAAACUUUAAACGAAUGCGACAGCAGAAUUAAAAUGACGACUAUAAUAAGUAGAUAUUUGUUAACGUAUAGGAACAUUCCACAUUGUACGACCGGGGAAACCCCCGCGAAAUUAUUAUUAGGAUACAACGUCAGAACGCGUUUGGGAUUUUUGAACAAAACGAUAUCGCAAAAAAUGAGAGAAAAACAAAUUAGACAUUUUGGAGGCAAACGAGAGAUCGAGUUUAAAAAAGGGGAAAUAGUAUAUGCCCGUUGUUACAAGAAUCCAAGUAAACCGACGUGGCGAAGGGCUGUGGUCAAAGAAAAGUUGGGAGAAAGAAAUUAUUUAUGUAAUACUGAAGAGGAAAAUGUGGAAUGGAAGAGGCACGUAGAUCAAUUAAAGAAAAGUGGUACUUUUUACGAAAACGAACUUUCAGAACCAAGUUCCGAACAUCGGGUAUCAGCUCAAUCGAGAACUGACCACCGGGUGUUAGAAGAGUGCGAAGAAAAAACGCAAAAUUCCGGGGAAAUGUCUGGCGAAUUAAUCGCGAACGGAGAACCCGAAGGAAAAAAUGAUCAAGGAUCGAAAGACAGUUUGUGCGAAAAAAAUCAGGCGCAGUUAAAUGCUCCGAAUGUCGAGAUAAGUCGAAAUACAUUGAAAAAUGACACGUUAAUCUCCGCGUCGAAUAAAGAUGUUAAACGCGACGAGAGCCUAAACGUGAAUAGUAGACCAAAACGGGUAGUCAAACCUAUAAAACGCUUGAACUUGUAAAUACAGGGAUAAACCCUUAUAGGAUUAAGUAAGUCCUCGCGAUAGGGUAGAAUUCAAAGUGUAAUACGAGGUUAGCAACGUUUUGUAAAAGAGCUGCGUAUCGAGUAAGCAUCCGCAAUACAAAUUUAAAAAAUGCCUUAUGUGUAACAUAAACUAGUCGAGGGGGAAAUGUAAUGUAUUACGUCCGUUGGGAUAAGCCUACGACAGUAACUUGGCAACACUGUAAAGCGUUAAGCGUUAGCAAAGCAAUCCAAGCCCAAACUCCGGGCAGGCAGUCGUUGAUCGCACCUUGUCGAAACUAGUCCGUCUGCAAAGCGAUUUAUAAGAGGAACACCGUAUAAUAAAAGAUAUACAUCUAAGACAGUAA